AUGUCGAACCUCCCCUCCGAGCCCGAGUUCGAGCAGGCCUACAACGAGCUCGCCUCCACUCUGGAGAACAGCACCCUGUUCAAGAAGAACCCUGAGUACCGCAAGGCCCUGCAGGUCGCCGCCAUCCCCGAGCGUGUCAUCCAAUUCCGCGUGCUCUGGGAGGAUGACCAGGGCAAUGUCCAGGUCAACCGUGGCUACAGAGUGCAGUUCAACUCGGCCCUGGGCCCCUACAAGGGUGGCCUGCGUCUGCACCCCACCGUCAACCUGUCCAUCCUGAAGUUCCUGGGCUUUGAGCAGAUCUUCAAGAAUGCCCUGACUGGAUUGAUGAUGGGUGGUGGCAAGGGUGGUUCCGACUUCGACCCCAAGGGCCGGUCCGACAACGAGAUCCGCCGAUUCUGCGUCGCCUUCAUGCGCGAGCUGCAGAGGCACAUUGGUGCCGACACCGACGUGCCCGCUGGUGACAUCGGAACCGGCGCCCGCGAGAUUGGCUACAUGUUCGGAACUUACCGCAAGGAGAAGAACAAGUUCGAGGGUGUUCUGACUGGCAAGGGCCUUAACUGGGGCGGCAGUCUGAUCCGACCUGAGGCCACUGGCUACGGUCUCGUCUACUACGUUGGUCACAUGCUGGAGUACGCUGGCGCCGGCUCCUGGGCGGGCAAGCGUGUCGCUGUCUCCGGCUCCGGCAACGUUGCACAGUACGCGGCUCUGAAGUGCAUUGAGCUCGGCGCCACCGUCGUCUCCCUCUCCGACUCCAAGGGCUCUCUCAUCGCCGAGUCUGGCUUCGCGCCCGCCGAGAUCGAGGCCAUCGCCGGCCUGAAGCUCAAGCACAAGGCUCUGACUGACUUCGUCGCGACCGCCUCCGACGCCAACAAGUACAAGUACAUCGAGGGCGCCCGACCUUGGGUCCACGUCGGCAAGGUCGACGUCGCCCUGCCAUCCGCAACCCAGAACGAGGUUUCCAAGGAGGAGGCCCAGGCACUGGUCGCCGCCGGCUGCAAGUUCAUCGCUGAGGGCUCCAACAUGGGCUGCACACAGGAUGCGAUCGACAUCUUCGAGGCCGACAGGCAGUCAAAGGGUGCUGCCAGCAUCUGGUACGCCCCCGGCAAGGCGGCCAACUGUGGUGGUGUUGCCGUCUCGGGUCUGGAGAUGGCCCAAAACAGCCAGAGGCUGUCGUGGACCCGUGAGGAGGUCGACCAGAAGCUCGCCGGCAUCAUGAAGGACGCCUUCGAGAACGGCCUGAACACUGCCAAGGAGUACGUCGAGAGCAAGGACGGAGAGCUGCCCUCGCUCGUCGCUGGCUCCAACAUUGCUGGCUUCGUCAAGGUCGCGGAGGCCAUGAGGGACCAGGGUGACUGGUGGUAA